CUGCCUCUCACCCUUCACUGCAGUGGAUCUGUGCAUUAGCUACAGUGGAAGAGAAGCAGCAGAGCGAUACCCAGUAUGCUGGAAACCUACACAAGGAAGGUGCUCCUGUUUGCCUGGGACAAAGCACAUCAAGAGAUCCAAUGAGAAUCUACAUAGUUAAUAAGAACCUUUCUCCAUAACCAGCCCAGAUCCCGUGGUCUUUCCAUAAUGUCAUUCUAUGCUCAAAGAAGUAUAAUCAAAAUGAGAUGAAAACAGUAACACCCAAUUAAGUAUAGUCCAAGGAUAUAAUGGCUUGCAGAACUGAGGGGCACUGGGAGGUGCAAUAGCCCUCAGUGUACAAGGUUAUUCAGCUGGGAGAUAAAAGUGACAAAGAAGAUGGCAAGAAUGUAGUCCUGUGGGCUUGGGGUUACUGGUUCUCACUACCACUAUUGAUUCUCUCUGAUUAUUCUCUGGAGACCCACAGUAGGAUGGGUGAUGGACUUGUAAAGGGAGGUGUUAGUCUCCAUGGAGCCUCCUCUUCCCACUCAGUGGGUGCGGAAUUCCUCCAGAAUAAGAAGGCUGCUGCAGACAUCCCAGAGUUCUAUGCAUCUCAAUUCCAGCCUGGAUGCCAAGACCAGAGAUGUGGCUUCUGAAGCUGUGAGUCUCUUCUUCAUGCUCUUGAUUGACUUGACGGCCAUUGUAGGCAAUGUGGCCAUUAUGACAGUCAUUAUCAAGACACCAGCACUGAGGAAGUUUGUAUUUGUAUUCCACCUCUGUCUGGUGGAUCUCCUGGCUGCUCUCACCCUCAUGCCCCUGGCCAUGUUGUCCAGCUCAGCCUUUUUCGAUGGCACUGUCUUUGGGGAUGCCCUAUGCCGUGUCUAUUUGUUCCUGAGUGUUUGCUUCACCACCAUGUGCAUCCUGUCAAUCUCAGCCAUUAAUGUUGAACGCUACUACUAUGUGGUGCACCCCAUGCGUUAUGAGGUCAAGAUGACUGUAGGCCUGGUGGUCUGUGUACUCAUAGGGGUCUGGAUCAAGGCAGUAGUCAUGUCAAUCAUCCCCAUCCUGGGAUGGCUUUCCCAAGACCACUUUGGUAGCUCCUCAGCAGAUAGUGGACACAGCUGUACUUUGCAAUGGAGUCGGAGUGCCUACUGCAAAUUUUUUGUGGUCUUCUUCGCUAUUUUCUACUUCCUCCUGCCAGUUUUCAUUAUUUUGGUUGUCUAUUGCAGCAUGUUCAAAGUAGCCAGAGUAGCUGCCAUGCAUCAUGGUCCUCUCCCUACCUGGAUGGAUACCCCACGGCAGAGAUCAGAGUCUCUUAGCAGCAGAUCUACUAUGGUGACUAGCUCAGGAGCCCCUCGAACUACCCCCCAGAGGUUGUUUGGAGGGGGGAAAGCUGCCAUUAUUCUCCUAGCAGUGGGAGGCCAAUUCUUCUUCUGCUGGCUGCCAUAUUUCUCCUUUCACCUCUAUUCUGCACUGAGCUCCCAUUUCCCUGGCCGGCAGACAGAGAAUGUGGUUACAUGGAUUGGCUACUUUUCCUUCACAUCCAACCCUUUCUUCUAUGGGUGCCUCAACCGACAGAUCCGAGGAGAGCUCAGCAAGCACCUCACAUGUUUCUUCAAGCAACCACCAGAGGAGGACCUCAGGCUACCAAGUAGGGAAGGCUCCAUUGAGGAGAACUUCUUGCAGUUCCUGCAAGGGACAGGCUGCAAUGCUGAAGCAAGAAAUAUUUUCGCCCACCCUAGUCCUAACAGGGACCAGCCUACCACUGAUUUCCGAAUCCCAGGACAAAUUGCAGAGGAGACCUCAGACUUCCUGGACCAGCACAUGAACAAUGACAUCACUGUCUCUGACAGCUACAUCAGGGCAGCACGUUCACCCAAGCCUGAGUUGUAGCUGUUUUUGCGCUUGACAAUCUAGUUCUAUUGGUGUGUGAAAUAAUGCAGAAUAUAACAGCGGAUGGUGGUAUUUAAUAAAUACAGCCAUGCCAUUGGAACUAUAUCUCUUCAGCUUACCGCUGAAGCCAAGAAACACCUACCAGUAGUAUCUUAAUCAUUUUAUUUUGUUUUGACCCAGGUAGGAUGAAAAUUGCUCUCCAUCCAGCUCAACCUCAUAAGUUAGAGUUAAAAGCAGCCUUGUUCUAAAAUGUCCCACAGUUUCAGUCCCUUCCCAAUUUCCAUUCCCAAUUUUUGUUGGUGCCUGCCAUUUAUGUUAUCUGCUAGCCCUUUUAUAACUUCCUUUGAACUUACCUCUGUGGAAAGUGGACCUUGUUGAAAAAGAAGAAGGGCAGUAAGGAAUUCUCCUCACAGCCCACCUCCCGCUGCCAGGCAAUGUUCUUGACUUGUAGCUAAUGAGUGAUGCACCAUUAUUGUGUGAAUGAGGCAUGACUGAGUAGGUGAAGGGUAGGUGGAGAAAGGAGCCAAGGCAGAACAGUUGGCCUUGAUGGCCCAGGAAUUUUUUAAAGAUCAUAUCUUUUCAUAUCUUGCUAGCAAAAUGUUCAUCAUUCCAAUGGACUGUAUUUGCUGACUGAUUCAGUAGUCAAGGAGUCUGUAGAAGCCACUGGAAGGCUUCCUCCUUGGUAGGCAGUGCAACAGGCACUGCGGACCUUACUGUCAGCAGGAACCAGGUUUUGCCUCAUUUGAUCUGAACCCCUGUGGCAGCUGAUUUCAAUAGAAGCCAUUGGUUUCUGCAGAGGAAGUAAAAUAUGUAGUGAUAAUUGUUUGAGACUCCAAGGGGUUCUGUCAUGGAUGAUGGUGGUGGUGGUGAACCAAUAGGUCUCUGCACAUGGAGUUGUUGCUUUCCCUCAACAGGAUUCUUGUCAUGUUGGGCUUCCAAUGCAUCUGUGCAACUGAAGGCAAAAAAAGGAGUUAACACUGGAAAUUAAAUGUCACCAAUUAGGCUUUAUUGUGAUUCUGAACCUUUCACACCCAUUCAGGAUACAUAGCUAGUCUCAGCACUAGCUGCCUCAAGACUUUCUUGUUCCUGGACCUAUACCAUAUACCCAGCAUAAUCUUUCCAUAUCCAGUUGUCUUCCAGCAGCUUAUUCCAAGUUAGCCCUAGCAAGUCCCAACUACCUACAGAGUGCAGGGUUCAUUGUUUCCUACUUUAAACACCCCUCGCUCCCUAUUUCAUUGUGUGAAUCCAAUCCAAUAUGGAUGCUGUAGGAUGUUUCCUAAAGUCUGGUUCACUGGCCUUUAGAUAUUUCCAGAUGAAGGGAUCUGUGGGUGGUUGAUAUCUUCACUAACCAUAACAACUAAUAGAGUCAGGGCUAUUGGCAAAGCAGUUCCAAAGUACUGGCAUUAGUGAUAAUCCACUUCCACGCUAGUUACUUCCUCUGUCAUGGAGGUAUUACUGUACUUCCCCUUUAAUUUCUGAGUUUGCAGUGCCACCAGUGUUACAAGUGAUCAUUCUAGCAGUGUCUUUAGCACCAGGGUCAAGCUAGAUGUGACCUGCUUGUUUAAACCUUUAUCUGUCCAGACCAGAGGGGUUCCAGAUUUUAGAGCAAAAUGGGCAUAUGGGUGGGAAAUACUAAACCUGUCUCCUGCUCAUAAUUUGCCUCCCAGAAGACUGUCCCCAGGUCUUUUUCUCAUCAGCUUAUUUUGAGUACCAAAAGUGAGUUCAACUGAGAAGAAAGUGUUUGGGGUGAAAUGAGUUAUUAAACAAUACCAAGGGAGUUCAGCUUCCCACACUUGUCCUGUGUGCUAACAAUGGAUUCCCCAACCCAGACACAAUUGGGGUGAACCCAGGUUUCGCCCUCAGCUAGGCACAAAAACUGUUAAAAUCUUACAAGAGAGCAAAUUCACGGAAACAGGGCAAUUGUCACAUGAGUACUAUAUCUCAAGUCACCAGUGCUGAAGAAAGAGCUGAGUAAAGAUGGACACAUUUUGGUGACAUUUUACCGUUCAACGUUCAACACUUGCUGUUAUUUACUUCCUACCCCAAUAGGAACAACUUAGCCCCAGGGACUGUAUUAGGGAUGCCAGCCUCCAGGUGGGACCUGAAGAUCCUUAGAAUUACAGCUCAUCUCUAGACUACAGGGAUCAGUUACCCUGGAGGAAUAGAUGCUUUGGAGGGUGGAAGCUAUGGUAUUGUACCCCACUAAGGUUCCUAGCUCCAUCUGCAAAUUGCCAUGAGCUUCCCAACUUGGAUCUGGCAACUAACCCUCUGCCCCCCAUACCCCACCAGUAGCUAGGGGAGGGUGCAGGGUCCCACUUUGACACCCUAGCAGAAGGAUUCCUAGUUCCACUGGCCUCAUUUUGGAGACUUUGGGCAGUGAUGAAGAUUCUGGAAUAUGUCAUGACACUGCUCAUUGAUGUCAUGCCAGAUUACAGCUGGUGGUUCAGCAUCUUAGAACUUCAUUAGCAGGUGGAUUCUUCAGCAGUGAAGGCUGUAGUCUACAUCACUGCCCAAAGUGAACAAAGUAUGCUGUGAAGGCCCACAACUGCUUUAAAUCAGCUCCCUUUCUCUCUUAUAGUUGCUCUUUCCUCCCCCUCCCCACUAAAAGAAUAUUGGGAGUGUAUUGGGGGAGGGGAAAUCUGACUUCAUUAGCCCUCUGAAAUGUAAAGUGAAUUUUUUUCAUAAUGAGUGACAAUCUUGGGUCCAGGUCUAUUGGUUCCAAUCUCUGCUCAGCACUAGCAUAACAUGUUGUGAGCAAAACCACAUGUGCCCUGGGCAUUCUGUCUCCAGAGCUCCAAGUAAGUAAACCCUCCUUUUUCUCCCUGCCCCUCCUGCUGUAGUGCCAGUCUGAAUCAGUCCUUUUGCAUCUAAUGGCAGAGUUUUAAAAAUCACUGGGAGCUUCAGACAUAGAACUCCCAGGGCACAUCUGGUUUAGCCCUAGUCAUCUCUGCUUCCAAAUACAGCAUUUUAAGGUAGAAGAUAUCUCUCCCAUUUCAGCCACUUGAAGAAAAUAAGGUUACUCUAUUGAUUCACUCUUAAAGAAGCAGAAUUAUCAGCAACUCAGGUAGUGUAGAAAUGGGGGGUGACAACCACACCAAAUGUUUGCAAUGCCUUAGAGCAUGCUCUGUAGCACCCCAAAUUCAAAAUGUGGCCCUGUGAUCAUGACCAGCUAGAGUACCUUGGGUGCUCUAAAAAUCCCUUUGCAUGACUAUGACUGUACAGUGAGAUAUUACAUUUUGUUUUCUAGUAAAGAAUCUGUUUUUUCCAGGUU